AAAAGACAGUUGUGCUUGAGUAUUGUGAAGAGAGAAGAAGCUGGUGCACUGAAUCUAUCAAAAACAGAAAUAUGCAGUUUGUAAUACUACUGGUCGUCUGCCUUCAUAUUGCUAGUGGAGCAAUCCACAGCUGGAAAGCCUAUUACACUGGAACAACUGGGUUGAGUGAGUUUCCAGAGUUUGUGGCACUGAAUCUCAUUGAUGAUCAGUUAAUGGGAUAUUUUGACAGCAAAACCAACCGCUUUAAGAGCCAGUUCAAAUGGAUGGAAGACAAUCUUGGGAAAGAUUAUGAUGUGCAAGAGACUAACACUCUUCAGGGCCAUGCUACAACAUUCCCAGUCAAUGUUAGAACGGUAAUGGAACGCUUCAACCAAACCCAAG